AUGCCGGAGGGUAAGGCACCUCAUUUCCCGCAACAGCCGGUAGCUCGACAAAACGAUGAUGGAUCAUUGGAACUGGAAUGUUUUUUAGAAGCUCAACCAGUCCCGGAUAUUAAAUGGUUUUACGAUACAACUGAACUAAAACAAGACCAGCGGUUCAGUUUUCGACUGGAUAAUAAAGGAAAUGAUGCUUACUCAGCCAUCCUACAAAUCAAGGAUCUUGCUGAUAGUGAUGCUGGAGCUUAUCGAUGUGCUAUUGUAAAUCCACAUGGAAAAGGGAACGCCAAUUUUAAUCUCAAACUUACAGGAUUCAGCGCCCCAACAUUUGUCGAAAAACCACAAAUAUCGUCUCGUGAUGAUGGCCAAGUAAUGGUUAUGGAAUUCAGAGCGAAAUCAAUUCUUAAACCUACUUUCGUCUGGCAAAAGGGUGAAGAAAUCGUGGCUGAGUCUGAUCGUGUGAAAAUUGUUCUGAGAGAAGAAGCAAAUCAGAUAUAUUAUGCUGCUCUGGAAAUCAAAGAGCCAACAAAAGAAAAAGAUGCGGGCCAAUUUGUUUGCACAGCAAAGAAUGAAUCUGGAAAAUUAACAGCCACUUUCACUGUUAAAUUUGAAGUGCCACAAGGAGCUCCGACCUUUACCCGUAAACCACAGAUUUUGCAAAAAACAUCAGACUCUGGCGAUCCAGCCAUUGUUUUUGAUAUUGGAUUCCAAGCUGAUCAAAAUCCUGAGGUCAUUUGGUUAAAUCCGAAAGGUAAGAAAAUGAAGGAAUCAAGUCGUAUAAAAUUUGGAUUAACACCUGAUGGUGGUGCGAACACGUUCACUGCUCAGUUAGAACUGAAAAAUUAUAAAGCGAAGGACAGCGGUACAUAUACCUGCAAUAUUAAAAAUGAAGCUGGUGAAGCAAAUGUUGAAUUAACAUUGAACAUCGAAGGACCUUUAGACGAAGGGGCAGAUGAUGCUAGCGAAGCGUGA